AUGCCUGCCGCACAGCAAGUCUUCGACAUUGCCGAGCUACUCGAGAUCAUCAUCUGCCAAGUGGACGCGCACCAGAGAAACAUCUUGAGCGAAUACUAUAAUGAACCUACUGCUUUGCACGCCGAGGAUGCGCUGGCUUCAUGUCAGAUACGGGAGCUCAAGCUCGUCAACAGAAGCUGGCGCGAUGCUAUCUCGACUUCAUGGGCUAUCCGCCGCGCUCGAGUCGUCGAAGGAGGCUCGAACCUUUCUUUAGAGAUCACUGAGGAUGAAGAUAUUGCGGAAAUGGUGAGGAAGGCGCUGUGUAACUCCAGAUUCACCAACGCUAUCUACGACGCGGAGGAUUGGAUUCGAGUGAAUCCAUCUUUGAAGAAGGUUCAUACCGUCAAAGUUACCGAGACCACCGGGCACUAUGCAGACGAAAAUGACGACUACUUCGAGUUGACGCUCCGGCUGCCCUCGCUUGUCGAAGUUGGAUCGCUGUCUCUGGACGAGUUUGUCACCGACCCGCCUUGCCAGGAGAUCACAAUGAGUCGAAUGUAUUGGGACCAGACUGAGGACUGGUGGUUGAUGCCGUUCGAUCGGGUGGUCUACUCGGUAUCGCAGGUCGCUGGAGUAAAGAUCAGGGAUAUAUUGACUGUACGAGAUCAACUCGAUGGACAAGAAAUGGACGACGUCCUUGAGGGUGAAGAGAUCGUGGCCAGCCUUCUGAUAGACACAAAACAUCCCAGGCCACAGUCGGUUGAGGACAUGAGGGUCUGCAUCUCCUACUCGGAUGGUCCACUUCCCCGCUACAGGAAGGCAUCGCACCGGCUCGGAUCAGGUGGAGUGAAGGCGUAUCUCCAGGAUCAAGCACUGGAAUGGCAUCCAAACAUGGACGUCAAGCCAAGCGAGGACGUCUGA